UCUAGCCUUAUAAUUCAAUUCUUCUCUAUGGGAAUCCAAAUGAAGAAUCAAUGGCUUCAAUUUGCUUGUGUUUUGACAUUUUUCUUGAUUGCCACAUGCACUAUGGCAUAUUCACCUUACAAUUCAUAUGAAUCAUCAGACUCAACAUACAAUAAAGUACCAACCACAGUAGUCAAAAGUGAAGAUAUCAAGGUACCCUCGGAAUCGGAAAAGGAAUAUAAGCCACCAGUUUCAGAAUCAUUUUUGCCAAAGAAUGAAUACUACAAGGAGUCAUUAUUUUCAAAAGAUAACUACAAGAAGGAGUCAUAUGUUCCAGAGGUACCCACGAUGGCUAAACCAGAAUAUAAGGAGUCUUUUUUCCCAAAAUUUGACUACUUCAAGAAGCCAUCAGUUUCAGAAGAUAACUACAAGAAGGAUUCGUAUGUUUCAGAGGUACCCUCGAUGGCUAAACCAGAAUAUAAGGAGUCGUUUUUUCCAAAAUUUGACAACUUCAAGAAGCCAUUAGUUCCAGAAGAUAACGACAAGAAGGUGUCAUAUGUUCCAAAGGUACCCACAAAGCCUAAAUCGGAAUACAAGGUACCAUCUUUGCAAAAGAAUGACUACAAUAAGAAAUCAUCGGUUCCAGAAGAUAACUACAAAAAGGUUUCAUAUGUUCCAAAGGUGCCCUCAGUGCCUAAAGAGGAAUACAAGAUACCUUCUUUGGUAAAGAAUGAUUACUACAACAAGCCAUCAGUUACAGAAGAUGACUACAAAAAGGUGUCAUAUGUUCCAAAGGUGCCUUCAGUGCCUAAAGAAGAAUACAAGGUACCUUCUUUGCCAAAGAAUGAUUACUACAAGAAGCCAUCAGUCCCAGAAGAUAACUACAAAAAGGUACCAUUUGUUCCAAAGGUGCCCUCAGUUCCUAAAGAAGAGUAUAAGGUGCCUUCUUUGCCAAAAAAUGACUACUACAAGAAGCCAAUAGUUUCAGAAGAUAACUACAAAAAGGUGUCAUAUAUUCCAAAGAUACCCUCAGUGCCUAAAGAAGAAUACAAGGUUCCUUCUUUAUCAAAAAAUGACUACAACAAGAAGCCAUCACCUUCUCCAUCAACACCACCUCCAUAUUAUUAAAUUUCCAUUGUUCAUGCUCAAAAUGCAUGUUCCAUUAUUUUUCCUUUUUGUUCUUUGGUUUGUAAUUGUUUUGUCAUUUAAAUUCUAUAUUUUUAAUGUUUCGAGAAAUUUAUUUCAAUGGAAUGCAAGUUCCUUUUAUUGAGAGUUUAUGUAGUUUU